AUGUCGCUUUCCCGCGCGUCGGCCGAUCUGCGCGAGGGGCACCCUCUCCCUGCUUCCUCUCUCGCCAGCGCCUCCGCAGCCUCUGCAGAAGCGUCGCCGGCGGACGGCGGCGACUCCGGCGGAGCUCCUUCGGCUUCGUCUGGCCGCUGCGCAGAAGGCUCUGCGGCGGCGGCGCGGCAGCCGCACCCGUUGCUCCACGCGGUCGCCUCGUGGGACGCUUUUACGCGUCUUGUGCUGUCGCAGCUGAGCCGCCCCGCCUCGCGCAGAUCGGCCGACGCGAACGGAUUCAGGACCUCGCUGGCGCCGCUGCUGCGCAGUCUGCCGGUAUCGUCGCACCGAGCUUUGUGGCUUUCCGUCGUCAGACUCGUCAGGGCGAUCCGCCGCCCGAGCCGAGUGUGCGCGGUUCCGCCGGCGGCGGCCGAGUCCCGCGGGCCUGCCGCGACCUUUGCCGGCGCGUCUUCAGAAGAGAGACAGAGGGGGGGGGCGGCCCCCGAGGCAGAGACGUCGGGCGAGGGCGGCGACGUCGCGGCCGCCGAGGCAGCGGGCGCGAAGAACGCCGACGCGGUGCUGUUUUGCCGAUUUUCUGCGCUGGUCCGCUUUGUCGGCGCCUUCGUUGACUCCCAGCUGGACGCGCAGUCGCGGAAGAAGCGCUGGCCGCAGACUAGCCAGCCGGAAGGCGGCGCCGCGCCCGAGGCGAGCCCCGUCUCCGCGAAGCAGGCGAAGAGGGCGACCACCGCGGGAGCCGCGGGAGCCGCGCCGGGGGAAUCUCUCGCGCCUCCCGAGGCCGACGGAGGGUACGCACCGCCGCUGGAGCUCUACGUGGUCGCAUCGUUCUUAAAGAACAACUGCUUUCGCCUCCGCCCUCCUCCACAGGCCUUGACGCCGGACGGCCGCGCAAACGACUCCGGCGCCCCCCGCCGGAGGCCGCAGGAGCUGCCCGCCAGCGCAGUAGGGGUCUCGUCAGACGAUGCAGCGCGAGAAGAAGAAGCUCUGGCCGUAGACGAGCCUCAAAGCAUUACGCACCCUGAUGAGCCUGAAAACAAUGCAAAUGGCGAGUCCCGCGAGGCACGUACGGGAGACCCAGAUGCAGGAGUGGGUGCGUCUCUCGGCGCUGGGCGAGCAAGCGGACGUGAAGGAGACUCGCAGGCCGCCCACGCGGGAGAAGAAGAGCUCCGGCUUCUUCAGGGCAAAAUCGGCGAAAUCGUCACCAAGCUGGUCGUGUUCGGCCUCCUGGUCUCCGUGGCGCCCGCGGUCGACGGACGGCUGCGGCGCCCGUGUGAGACGGGGGAAGGCGCUGCAGAGGGCCAGAAAGAUCAUGGAGAGAUUCAGCUGCUGCCUCUGCCCGCGCGGCAGUCCUUCGUGCUGUCUGCCGUCCUGCACCACCUUCAGGGGAUCGCCGCCGCCACACUUGACGACGAGGAGCUCCGUCAGCGCGUCCGCGCCUUCUCGCGCUUCGUCCGCCGUCCGCACGUGGCUGCGUCGGUGGAGCGGGCACUGGCGGCCGCAGGUCGCCUCUCCGCGACUGACCGCGCCGGCGCAGAGAGCCGCGGAGGCCGCGAGGCGCGGAGAGAUGUUUUACUCGAGAAGGUGCUUCUGCUUCUGUUGCUGCUGCUGCAGCCUCCACGGUUCGCGCUGCUGCAAGACGACGGCGCCCAGCGACUCGUCGCCUCCUGGUGGGGGCGUCACAAGUCGCUUAGGCAGCUCCUCUUCAACAAUCUCCUCGGCGCUCUGGAAGACGAAGGCGUCGCGCCGUGGCAGCUGGAGAUUCUCGGCAAGUUCUUCUUCCUUGCCGUGAGACUCUCUCUCGCGUCUGCGGCGCCGCCGCUGACUAUCGAGCUGCAACAGCUGCUGCGCGCGUGCGUCUCGUCGCCGCUGCCGCUCGCGCACCGCUGUCGAAUCUGCCUCGCGCCCUUCUUCCAGACCCCCAGCGUCCGGCGCGCAGGCGCGCUGGCGGACGGCGGAGAGGCCGGAGCGGCCCUGGACGUUGUUAGCCUCGCCGACGUCUUCCUGUGGCGCUCACUGAAGAGUCCCAACUGGCGCGUGCGAUUCAACGCAGUCUGCCUGUGGCAGCUUCUCUCGUCCUCGUCGUUCGCGCUGCAGCAGCAGCAUCCUGAGUAUUUCCUGGCGACGCUGAAGCAGACGCUGGAAGAUCCUUCGCCUUCGGUGCGUCUGGCUUCCGCCGCGUUCCUCUCUUCUCUCCUUCGGCGCUGCUGCACCACGGCGCUUCCGCCUCCGGCCGCGCGCGUGCGCCCGGCGACCGGCGCCGGCUCCUGCGUCGGGGGCGAGCCUGACCGCGACGGUGUGUGGCUCCUGUCUCCCGCGGUGUUUCCUUCGCUCCUCGACUUCCUGCUCUCCGCAGCAGCGGACAAGUCGGCGCCGCUUGUCCGCGUGCAGGCGAUCCUGGCGGUGAUGGGCGCCGUGGCCAGCCCCACGGGCGCGACCGCCGCCGAGGGCUUCGCAGCGCAGACUCUGCAGGCGCCGGGCGGGCGCAAGGCGACGCUACAGCUGGCGGCGGAAGCCGGGCACGCCGCGGCGCGCGAGGCGAUUCUGCAACUGGCUCCGCGGCUCUCUGCCCUCGUCCACGACAUCGCGCCGAGCGUCCGCCUCGCCGCCGCCAUGCUGCUGAGCGAGGGCGAGCGCCGCGGGCGAGGCGCUGCCGAGCAACGAGCUGCGGCAGCAGAAGAGGCGCCGCAGAGAGACGAAGAGCAGACGGCCUGGGCGUGCGACUUGUGGGGCAGGCAGGAGGCCGGCGAGGCCGAGACGCAGGAGAAAGCAGGGCCCGCGAGGCUCCUGCAGGACCAGGUCUGGGCUCGGUGCACACGCGACUUCCUCAUCGGCCUGCUGUCCGAGCAGCACGCCGACCUAGUCAGCCGCUCUGCGUCCUCGCUGGCGACGCGGCGGAGCCACGCCGCGCGCGACCCCUGCCUCACCGCGCGAGCUCUGCUGUCCGCUGGGCGUCUCGAGGAGAGUCAUGGUUCCCCGCCAGGAAAGGCUUCUUCGGGCGAUGAGGGCGACGGCCCCGCUGGCGACGAGUCUUGCAGCGCCCCACAGGAGGCGCCGGCGGACCCGGACUGCGGCCGAAAGAAGCGGAGGGCCUCUCCCGCAGUUCUCGCCGCGGCCACGGUGCGCGCGACGGGCGACGCCGAGGCGGGCGAGCAUGCGCCGGCUGCGCUGUGGGAUGCGCGCGAGAAGCGAAAAGCUCUUCUCGGCGUCGCCCCCGCAUCAUUGGUCCACCACGCAGCAGACCUGCCCGCCGCAGGGCCCAUGGAAGUCUCCAGGCACCUGGCGACGGGGCUUCUUUCGCAACUCUUCGAAGCCCCGCUCCAGGAACAGGUGACUCGGGUGAAGCGUCUCGCAGAGCAGCACACGCCGCUGCUGUACGCCGUGGCCGCCCACGUCGACGCCUGCGCGUGCGCCCCUCCUCGCGGCGCAGCGGGCGGCGGCGGGCCCAGGCCACCCGGGGCAUGCGCCAGCGACGCCUGCCUCGCGGGCGUUAGCUACGUCGACCGCUGCAAGCUCGGCGUCGCACUCUUCGCGCAGGUUCGUGCGGAAGUCGAGGCGUACGAGGCGGCCAAGACGCGGGCAAGGCAGCGCCGCGGGCCCGCGCCGAGCGGAGACGCUGAGGCGGAGGGGCCCUGCGAGGCGGGCGAGCCCGAGCCAUGCGCCGCAGGGCGCGAAGGCGCCGCGCCCGAAAGGGCCGCCCCGUGGUACCGCGGCUCGCUGCUGGUCGCGUGGCAAGCGAGACUGGCGCUCGCCGCGCAGCUCCUGCGCCCACACUGCCGAAGGAGGGACAACAAGCUUCUCAGGGAACAGCCGCUGCUCCGUCGCUUCCUGGUCAACAGCAUACGGGAAGACGACCUGCUGGUGUGUCUGCGGAACCGAAACGGCGCCGCGGUGCUUCAGUACAGCUUUUGGAGCUUUUUCGUGUCUCUCCCUUCCUGCGUGCUGUUCCCUCCGGCGUCCACGGGCUCGAGCGGCGCCUCUCCUCCCCCAAUCGAUCUCUCCCCGGCGUCUCUUCUCGCUGCGAGCGCCAGCUGCGCCGAGGAGACACAUCUUCCUCCUAGCAUUCCGCCGACGGGCGGUGGGGCGCCCGCUCCAGCGGAUGUCGCACAGGCUCCAGUUUCAGCCGGCGCGCCUCCUCUUGCGUGUGCAUAUGGCGGAGUGAUGGCGUUGCUGGUUCAAGAACUUUCACGCUUCCUCGACGGAUGGAGGUGUGCCUCGGUUUCCGCUCUCGGCGCCUACACCGCCGCCCACGUCUGCCACGCAGUCACGACACCACACGCUGCGUCUGCGCAAGCCUCGCUCCGCCACGCCGAAGAGGCACUCGCAUGGAAGACGAACGGCGGCCUUACUCUUUCGCGGGAGACCCCUCUGCCGGUGGCGGCCCCCAGCGGCCGCGGGCGCGGAGGAACUAGAGUUGCCGGCCUUGCCUCCGGUGCCGCGGGUUCGUCGGCGAGCCCAGCGAGGCGGCACCGAGGGAUGAGACGCCUGGCGGAGACCCGAGACGUUCCGGCGGGCGAAAAUGAGCCUGCACAGGACGAAACGCGCGCCGAAGAAGAGGUCGCCGUCCGCGCGGGAGUCCGCCGUCGAGGCGCCGCGCGCGCUCGCGCCUUCGGAAGUCGCGGAGGAAUCGGGAGGUCGCCGGCGGCCAGCGGGGCCCUAGAUGAGGCGGAACAACGGUGCAAUAGAAGAAGGGUUGCUGGCGAGGGCGAGUCGGCUCCGUCAGGCGAGCUUUGCAUUAAGUCUGGCAAGUCUUCGGCGUCUUCCCCGUCUCAGCUCGACGCAGAAGACCAUGAGGCGGGGACCGACGGGGCACGCCGAGGAGGCGGCCGCGCGAGCUUCUCGUCUUUGCCUGCGUGGCUCCGCUCACGGGCGGAAGCCGAAAUCGACGCAGCUCUGUUUGUUGACGUACUUCUUCCCUUCGUGCUACGCGAGCCCCGCCUCCGAGCCUGGUUUCUCCCGCAGCUCUGGCGGCGGCUGCUGCCUCUCGUCGCCACCCUCGAGCAGCAGCGGCAGCUCCUGGAGCCUGAGGCGUCUGUGCCCCCCGCAUCGCGGCGAAUGCAGGCACGGGCGGGAGGCGCGGAGUCGGGGCGCCUUUCAGUCGAAGAGAUGAAAAACGCGGCAGACGCCGAGGGCGAGGGGAUCGCGGCAGGGCCCGCGCCGCCGCUGCGAAGGAGUCAGCGGGUCGCCGGCGGAGGCGCGCUCAGCCUUGACAAGGCAGGGGAGGAGACUGGCACGCGGACGACGCGCCGGAGGAAUAGACGCACGCAGAGCCUAGCAUCCGACAACAGGCCGAACGCGGCCGCCGGCGCCCAGCAGCACGCGGAGGAGGCAAGUGGUGACGCACGUCGGAGCCGCGCGGCACAGAAGGGGGAGCGGGCGGAUCCGCAGAAAGGCGAGGAGACGGAUGAAGGCCGCGCGGAGGACGAAGAGGCAGAAAGUGAGACGUCGGAGGAAGACCUGUACGAGGAGGAGAGAGAGGAGGACGAUCCGAAUGACGGGGACUUCGAGCUGGGCGCGGCGCCAGCCAAGAAACGCCGCGGAGGCGCUUCCACCGCGCCCAAGAGGAAGAAGCGAAAGGUGGGUGUCUCCGCCUCUGGAGCGGGGCAGGACACGCGUGCGUCGCGUGACACGGAGUUUGAGAGCCGCCAACAGCAGUUCUGCGAAACGCUGAGGCGAGCCCUAGUCCCCCGCUGCCUCGCCCUGUCCCGCCUGGGACUGCCGGUCGAACCGGCCCCUGCGGCCGCGCCCCAGUCUUCAGGCGCGCGUGUCUCCUUGUCCUCUGUUCCUCGUGGAGCCUCCGCCGCCCCCGUGGCGGCGCCCGCGCUCGUGGCGGCUCUGGAAAUCGUGGCGCUGCUUCGCCACCUCCCGGGCGGGCGGGAGAGCCUCGUGGCCUUCGAGCUGCCGUCCGGCGGCGCGUACACCGAGGAGGCAGCAGGCGGCCCCGCUGAGGCUUCAGGCCACGGUGGGGCGCCGAAAGGGAGCGACGAGGAGGCCGGCCCCGCCCCCUGGACGCCGUGCGACGUCCUCCUGCACGCCAGCGUCGCCUUUCUCCGCGCGCUUCGCGAGCUUCUGCGCCGACCCGCCUUUCACGCUCCAAUCCACUCCAGCCUCGUUAGGUCGCUCCUCGGCCUCGAGCCUCUAGGGGACGCGGAGAGGGGGGGCGGCUCUCCAUCGCACGAGGACGCACCUGCCCCGGAUGCGCCGCAGCGCGCCGAGGAAGAACUCCGUCUUCCGCUUCCUCUUGAGAUCUUCGUCGUGGCGGCUCACAGCCAUCCCAUCUCCUCCUCGCGCCGGCGCGAACGCACAGUAUCCGUCGGUGACACGGUGCUGACGGCGUUUCCUCGGGAGCGCCUUGCCCUGCAACGCUACCUCUUCAAACGCGCCCUCGACCUCUUUUGCGGUCUGGGGCAGCUCGUUGCAGUGUGUCAACCCCCCAGCGCCGCGGGGUUGCCGGCCGCCCUGUGGAGCCCGACGCUCGUUGAGCUGAGCAACGUGCUGGCGCCGCUCUCAGCCGUCGCCGCGAUGAACUCUCGCGGCAAGCCAGAGGGGGUCGCCGCGUCGGUUCCUUCGUGGCUGGCGAGUCCGCGCCACGCGCAGGACGGAGAGGCGACGCCGGAAUCCUCCAACGUCGCAGCAGAGGGCCCCCUGGUGCCUCGCUGCCACCAGAUGUCUCUGCCGAUCAGUGAAGGAAGCACCACCGACGCCCGCGUGCCCAGCGGACUCCUGUAUCAAGAUACCGGUUUGGAGGCAAAGGCGGCGGCGCUGAAGCCGUGGAGACGCAACGUGCACCUCGUCCUCGAGAUCUACGGAGUCGUCUGCGAGCACCUCGCUUUUUUCUUCUCCGUCCCCGUCAACGGGAAGCUCCAGCAGCCACGCAGCGUCGUCCAGGAGACACUUCUGUCGAGCCGAAUCAUGGCGGGGCUUCCUGCGCUCUUGGAGGCGAUGUUUGCUUGGGUGGACGUUUUCGGAGCGACCUCGAACCGCCUAUCGGCGCUCGCGCGGCGGCAAGAGACUGCGGGAGUGGAAAACGAGGCUGCGAGGGAAAAGCGAGGCACGCAGCCCAGCGCGAAGAAAGUCGGCGGGCAAGAGCCGGCCGCAGCCGAGGCCGCCGCACACGACGAGGUGGCGAGUCUCAUCCGCAUGUCGUGGAACAGCGGCGCCCGUGUGGGUCACGCGGUCUGCGAUUUUUGGCAGGAUGUUUUAUUGCAAAAUGAACUGGGGAGGAGAGCGAGGAGCAAACGCAGCCUCGCAGGCGGCAGUAAGAUCUCAAUCGUGGGCGGGGAGGGUGUCCGCAACCUUAGCGUCAGCGAAGCUGUUGAGCGGUCGGCCGGCAACAAGAAUGCGGCGCCAGCGGAGAGGAGCGAGGUCCCUCAGCAGGCGGACCUGCAGGGUCAACCCGAGGGGCUGCCGAGAGAAGAAGAGAGGGACGCGGCGGGCACUGGCGGCGAAGAGGUGAAUGUGGCGACCGAGGCGGCAGGGCGCCAACGAGAACGAGCUCGAGAUAGCAGAGAGUCUGAGUGGUCAGAGAUGGCUGCAGCAGAGGAGUCCGCGAUACGCGUGUUGCGUGUGCUUCUGCUGCGCGGGGUAUCUGGAGGCAUCGAAACUGCGAAGCUGGCCUCGCUGAUGUGGCGUUUUCUGGGGACGUUCCCUGAAAGCGCCAAGCUACGUCGCCUCCUGCGCGAACUUGCUUCUGACGGGUCGCACGGUGUACAGGCCGACGGCCUGCUCAAGGCGCUGGCCUAG